GCGGGGGCAGAGGGGGAGGGGGCAGAGGAGGAGGAGGUUGAAAAGGACAAUGAGAGGAGAGGGGGUGGAAAUUUACGAUCAAGAUAACGAUGAUGAUGAUCAGGCAUAAGAGAGGAGGGGAAAGCGGAGAAGAGGAKGAUGGAGGCAGGAAUAGGCCGGAGCAAGGAGUAGCGGGAGGAGGAGCAGCGGGAGUGGCCAGGACGAUGAGGAGGAGACGGAGGCGAAGAGAAGAGCGGGAAUGGCAAGAGGAGCGGGAGAGGGAGGAAGAGGACGAUGAGGAGGACGAGGUGAGGAAGCGGAUAAAUCGGAGGAAGUGGAGGAUGAGGAGGAGGAGGAUGGAGGGAAGAGAAGAUAGCAGCAAGCAGCAGAGGAGGAGCGGGACGAGGAGGAAUAAAGCGGGGGAACUGGAGGAGGAGGAGGAGGAUGGAGGGAAGAGAAGACAGCAUUCCUCUCCGUCUUCUUCUUCUUCCCACGAGGGGCAUCCGACAUACGAGAGUCCGAAGAAGGAGCAGGAACGAAAGAGAGAAGAAACGAAGAAGAAGAUCAAACACGAAGGAGAGGGAGGAGGAGGAGGAGGAGGAGGAGGAAGGAAAGAGAGAAGAAACGUAGAAGAAGAUGAAGAAGAAGAAGAAGAAGAAUAGUGACAGGCAGUGGCGAUAUCUGCCUCCGGUACACGAUUCUGAAUGACAGUCAGUACAUUUACGGCAUGUACCGCUCUC